UGUGUGUGUGUGUGUGACGGAGAUGGCCGUCGUGUUCAACUCCAGCUCCGGCUCCAGCACUCAGUUCUACGCUCAUUCUCAAUACUUCAGCGUCUCCGACAUCAUCGUCAUCGGGGCCUACUUUCUCCUCAACGUCGCCGUGGGGAUAUGGUCAUCCUGCAGGGUGAGCAGAAACACUCUCAGUGGCUAUUUUCUGGCUGGACGUGACAUGGCCUGGUGGCCGAUUGGAGCGUCCCUAUUCGCUAGCUCAGAGGGAUCGGGGCUCUUCAUUGGUCUGGCAGGAACAGGAGCUGCAGGAGGCAUCGCAGUAGCUGGAUUUGAGUGGAAUGCCACGUAUGUCCUGUUGGCUCUCGCCUGGGUGUUCGUCCCAGUGUAUGUUUCCUCUGGGAUCGUCACCAUGCCAGAGUAUGUUGGCCGGCGUUUUGGGGGCGAGAGAAUCCGCAUGUACCUGUCUGCUCUCUCCCUACUGCUGUCAGUAUUCACCAAGAUAUCCACGGACCUGUAUUCUGGAGCGUUGUUUAUCCAGGUGUGUCUCGGCUGGAAUCUCUACCUGUCCACCAUCCUCAUGCUGGUCGUCACCGCCCUCUACACCAUCGCUGGUGGUCUUGCUGCUGUUAUCUACACAGACACUCUGCAGACCUUCAUCAUGAUCAUUGGUGCUGUCAUCCUCACAAUUACAGCGUUUAAUAAGAUCGGAGGGUACAGUAACCUGGAGAGUGUGUAUCUGAACGCGAUCCCGUCUAAAAUCAUCCCCAACACCAGCUGCCAUCUCCCACGACCUGACGCCAUGCACCUCUUCAGAGAUGCAUCUGAUGCAGACUUGCCCUGGCCAGGAAUGACACUUGGCCUCACCAUCCUGGGCACCUGGUACUGGUGUACUGAUCAGGUGAUCGUGCAGAGAUCUCUCUCAGCUAAGAGUGUGAGCCACGCCAAAGGAGCAUCCAUCUUCGCCAGCUACCUCAAGAUGCUGCCCUUCAUCUUCAUCAUUCUGCCUGGCAUGAUCAGCAGAGCGCUGUACCCAGCAGAGCGCUGUACCCAGCAGAGCGCUGUACCCAGGUAA